AUGCGGUGCCCCAGCCCGGCCAUGCCCCUCAAGAGCUCUGGCUAUGCGAGCUACCCCUACCCCCGGCGCCACGGCCCCCCGCAGCACUUCUACCCCGAGGAGCCGGCCAAGGUGAGCGUGCACACCGUGCCGCCCCGCGCGCUCUACGUGGAGGAGGCACGGAGCUACCCCAUCCAGGAGCCUCCUGCCCACACUUUCUACGGUGAUGACCCUCGCUUCUACGCACCCCGCAGCACUCCCAUGAAGACGCUGUACGCUGAGGACACCAGGACGUACCCUGCCCUCGGCUCCUCCGCCAGGGUCUUCUACGCUGAGGAUUACGGGAAGUAUCGGGAGCGGGAGGCCAUUUCGCGGACGUGCCCCCUUCCCCGCAGCUCCCAGCCCUUGCACUUCAGUGACUGGUACUGCCCCGAGCGGAGCGCGCUGCCCUACCAAACCUUGCAGGUGUCACGGUUCGCCCCUCAGGCACCUGGGCGCGAGGCCAUGCUCUCCUCCUGGCACGCCAGCUACAGCACAAACCCGCCGCGGCUGGGCAGGGAGAGCCAGCACUACUCCAAAUCCUGGGACAACAUCCUGACGCCCCUGGUCCGUCGGGAGGACCCCCUGCUCCGCGGGCGCAGCUACGAGAACCUGCUGGCCCAGGAGCAGCAACGUGCCUUAUCCCCCGACGACCGGCGGCAGCCCGGGGUGAUCAACCUGUCCAGCUCGCCCAAGCGCUACGCUGCCCUGUCCCUCUCGGAGAACUCCAUCAUUGAGAGGGUGCACGCGGACGGCGGCCGCUACCCCAUGGGCCGCUCCUGGUACGUCACGCCGGAGAUCACCAUCACCGACAACGACAUCCGCGCCAAUGGCCUGGGCAAGAGUGAGAGGCGCUCGGCCAGCUGGGACGUGCUGGACUCGGGGCGGGAGGGCAACUGCCCUUAUACCGUGCCCUACCAAGCAGAGCCUGUCACCAAAGAAAGUGCCCAAAGCAAUUCGGCUCGCCAGCGCAGCCUGGAGCAGCUGGACGAGCUCAUCACCGACCUGGUCAUCGACUACAAGCCAGCACCCAGCCACCGUGCCGGUGACAGAGACAGCCUCGCCGACCAGCUCAAACAUCUCAUCAACAGCAGCGCCCCGGGCCACCCCAGGAAAGGGGAGGCCAGGAAGGCCCCCGGCUGCCCACCUGAGGGAAACCGGCCCAUGAAGGAGCAGCCAGGCCCCAGCUCCUUCUGCAACGACCCUCGCCGCGAGCGGGGCAGCCACGGGCUGCGCACGUCUGUCGCCAGCAGCAGCUUUGAGAAGCACCUGGACAACUGUUCCCCAGAGCUGAGCGCCGAGGAGGACGACAUGAUGAUGUGCUCGAACGCCAAGUGCCGGCGGACGGAGCCCAUUUUCAAUGCCUGCCUCUAUUUCAAGUCUUGCCACAGCUGCUACCCUUACUACUGCCCCCGAAACUGCCGCCGCGAGGACUGGGACACUCACAAAGAGAGCUGUGUCUACGGGCGUGUUGGCAGCAUCUGCCGCCACGUGCUGCAGUUCUGCCGGGAGAACGGUGAGGUGCACAAGGCCUUCUCGCGCAUUGCCAAGGUGGGCUACCUCUCCCGGGGACGUGGCGUGCUCUUCUUGGGCUUCCCGAACUCGGGCUCGGCGGAGAACUUCCUUCAGUUCGGCUUGGAGAGCUUGCUGAUGUCCCCCACAUACCUGUCUCUGCGGGAGCUGGAGAGCUAUUCAGAUAACCUAGGGGAAUACGCCCGGGAGCUGCGGGAGACCGGCAACCAGUACGACCCCGAUGAAUGUUUCCUCUUGAAUGUAACUGUGGCCGUUGCCCAAAAAGUGCCAGAGAGGCCAUCUCCGAAGAUCCAGGUGCCGACGGUCAGGAAAUAUGCCAAGGUGGCCUUAGCCUCAUCCAGCCCCGAGAAGAAGAUCUUGAAGAAAGAGAGGGACAUGGAAACUUUGAUCCUGACCCCACCGCCCGGCACGGCAGACAUCGACAAGGAGGGUGAGGAAGGGCGCAAGGCGCGGGAGGUCUGUUUCAUCAACAUCCAGCGGGAGCUGCGCAUCCGCGGCGUCUUCCUGCGCCACGAGUUCCCCAAGAUCUACGAGCAGCUCUGCGACUUCGUGGAGAGCAACAAGCGCUUCACCCCCACCACCAUCUAUCCCAUUGACAAGAGGACAGGCAAGCAGUUCAUGUGCAUGAUCAUGGCUGCCUCGGAGCCCCGCACCCUCGACUGGGUGGCCAGCCCCAAUCUCCUGGAUGACAUCAUGUGAACGGGGCCCUGAGGCCACCUCUGGUGGCCUCUCACUUAUUCCCCUUUGUAGAUACGUGUUUUCCCAUGGGCA